ACCCGACAGGCCCCUCCCCUCCCCUAAGGCCCCGCCCACCAGGCGGCCUGUUUUCGCCUUCAAGUACCACGGGCGACAGCAAAGGCGGCUGUCGUGCUCGGACCUUGAAGCGAUGGGACUUCCCGAGGAGCGGGGCCGGAACGGCAGCGGGAGCGUUGGCCGGGAGGAGGCUGGGACCCGGAGCCGUGUGCGGAGUUGGUCUCCGCCGCCCGAGGUUAGCCGUUCCGCGCACGUCCCCUCGCUGCAGUGCUACCGCCAGCUGCACCGGCGCUCUGUGGAGGAGCCGCGAGAAUUUUGGGGAGACAUUGCCAAGGAAUUUUAUUGGAAGACUUCAUGUCCUGGCCCAUUCCUCAAGUACAACUUUGAUGUGACUAAAGGGAAAAUAUUCAUUGAGUGGAUGAAAGGAGCAACUACCAACAUCUGUUACAACGUACUGGAUCGAAAUGUCCACGAGAAAAAACUUGGCGAUAAAAUUGCUUUUUACUGGGAGGGCAAUGAGCCAGAGGAGACCACCCAGAUCACAUACCGUGAACUUUUGAUCCAAGUGUGUCAGUUCAGCAAUGUUCUCCGAAAACAGGGCAUUCGGAAGGGCGACCGAGUGGCUAUUUACAUGCCCAUGAUACCGAAGCUUGUGGUAGCCAUGCUGGCAUGUGCCCGCAUUGGGGCUCUUCACUCCAUUGUGUUUGCAGGCUUCUCUGCAGGGUCUCUAUGUGAACGGAUCCUGGAUUCCAGUUGCAGCCUUCUCAUCACUACAGAUGCCUUCUACAGGGGGGAAAAGCUUGUGAACCUGAAGGAGCUGACUGAUGAGGCCCUGGAGAAAUGUCGGGAGAAGGGUUUCCCAGUGAGAUGCUGCAUUGUGGUCAAGCACCUGAGACGGUCGGAGCUGGGCACAAGUGACUCUUCCAGCCAGUCUCCACCAAAUAAGAGACAAUGCCCAGAUGUGCAGAUCCCUUGGAACGAGGGGGUUGACUUGUGGUGGCAUGAACUCAUAAAGGAGGCAGGGGAUGAGUGUGAGCCUGAGUGGUGUGAUGCUGAGGACCCGCUCUUCAUCCUGUACACCAGUGGCUCCACAGGCAAACCCAAGGGUGUGGUACACACAGUUGGAGGCUACAUGCUCUACGUGGCCGCAACCUUCAAGUAUGUGUUUGACUUCCACCCGGAGGACGUGUUCUGGUGCACAGCAGACAUUGGCUGGAUCACUGGCCAUUCCUAUGUCACCUAUGGGCCACUGGCCAACGGCGCCACCAGUGUUUUGUUUGAGGGGAUCCCCACAUACCCGGACGUGAGCCGCCUGUGGAGCAUCGUGGACAAGUACAAGGUGACCAAGUUCUACACAGCACCCACAGCUAUCCGCCUGCUCAUGAAGUUUGGAGAUGAGCCCGUCACCAAGCAUAGCCGGGCAUCCUUAAAGGUGCUAGGAACUGUGGGUGAACCCAUCAACCCCGAGGCCUGGCUGUGGUACCACCGGGUGGUGGGUGCCCAGCGCUGCCCCAUCGUGGACACCUUCUGGCAGACGGAGACAGGUGGCCAUAUGCUGACGCCUCUCCCUGGUGCCAUACCCAUGAAGCCUGGUUCUGCUACCUUCCCGUUCUUUGGUGUAGCUCCUGCAAUCCUGAAUGAGUCUGGGGAAGAGUUGGAAGGUGAAGCUGAAGGUUAUCUGGUAUUCAAGCAGCCCUGGCCAGGGAUCAUGCGCACAGUCUAUGGGAAUCACGAACGCUUUGAGAACACCUACUUUAAGAAGUUCCCUGGGUACUACGUGACAGGAGAUGGCUGCCGGCGGGACCAGGAUGGCUAUUACUGGAUCACUGGCAGGAUUGAUGACAUGCUGAAUGUAUCUGGACACCUGCUGAGCACGGCCGAGGUGGAGUCAGCACUAGUGGAGCAUCAGGCUGUCGCCGAGGCAGCUGUGGUCAGCCACCCUCAUCCUGUGAAGGGCGAAUGUCUCUACUGCUUUGUCACCCUGUGUGAUGGCUACACCUUCAGCCCUACCCUCACCAUGGAGCUCAAGAAGCAGAUUAGAGAAAAGAUUGGCCCCAUUGCGACCCCGGAUUACAUCCAGAAUGCACCUGGCUUGCCUAAAACCCGCUCAGGGAAAAUCAUGAGGCGGGUGCUUCGGAAGAUCGCUCAGAAUGACCACGACCUGGGGGACAUAUCUACUGUUGCUGACCCAUCCGUCAUCAGCCAGCUCUUCAGCGACCGCUGCAUGACCAUCCAGUGAAUGAGACUCUGCCCUUUACCCAGUAUUCCCCCUGCUUGGCUUCCCAAAGUUUUGCCCACCCUCCCUGCCCCCAUCCAGGAGUGCUGAGGGCCAGGGAUGACCCAAACACCACCUCCCGCAAUCGGCUGUCUGGAACGCAGGACCAGCUUCGCCCCUGGGUGGAGGCAACUUUCUGUGACUGCCAGGCAGAUGGGACUGGGCCCAGGUCAGCCUCAGGUUGCUGUGCCUGCAAAGAGCCAUUGCAGCCCAGAUCAGGGACCUAAAGGUCAAGUCCCCAACCCAAGUUAAGUGUUCAGAGGGCAAGGCCUAGACUGAAGCAGGGAGGCAGCUCUGUAAUCCUUUGUCAACUCUCUCAGGAAGCACCAGUACUUAUCUUGGGCAUGCACUUGCCCUGAGAAACGCCUGUUAGUGAGUCCUGGAACAAAAGAUUAUUAUUUUUAUAAACAUUUGCUGCUUCUGUUCUGGGUCUUUUGUGCCAGAUGGCAGUGCUUGUCUGCCGAUUUGCUCCAGGGGAUGUACAGGCAGGCUGGUUCCAGACGGUUUGCAGAUCAUUUGCUUCUUUGCAGGAGUAAAUGUGUUUUGUUCCUAGGGCCAGAGGACCUUGUCUUCCUUGUUCUCUGUUUCCAACCUCCUCUGAACAGAGUCCUGCCCAUGAGAGUCCCUCUCAGAUGAAACUCUCUUUUCUUGCCCUGGUUGUGCUCAAGCCCUGUGGUUGUAGGAAUAAAGUCUAUGACCUCAA